AUGGAAAAACAGGGAAGGGUGGUGGUUGAUAAAGUGGGAGGAAGGUCAACAGUGACAAGAUGCUUCUCAAAGUAUCCUCUCAAGUUUAUAAUUCCCAGAAAGGUGGGUUCCUCUGAAACUGACGCUGUUUGGGUUUACACCCUCACCUAUGGUGGCGGCAUUGUCUCUGGAGAUUCUAUUUCAUGUGAAUUUACCAUUGGAGAUGGUUGCACCACUGUCUUAACAACCCAAGCUUCCACUAAGAUCUACAAGUCUGUGGGAUCAAAGUGCUGUGAGCAAGUCUUGGAGGCAAGAGUUGGGAGCGAUGCUCUUUUGGCUGUCAUUCCAGAUCCGGUGACAUGUUUCUCCACAGCAAGGUACUCUCAGAAACAAGUCUUUAGGAUAGCCUCUAACUCAAGUUUGGUCAUUGUUGAUUGGAUUACCAGUGGGCGUCAUGAAAGUGGAGAAAAAUGGGAUUUUGAUCUUUAUAAGAGUGCCAACCACAUAUUUAUAGAAGAUGAUGAGCCUUUGUUUCUUGACAUGGUGCACCUGGAGCGUGGAAGUAUUUCUUCGAUUGCAGAACGCAUGCAGGACUACCAAGUCAUUGCAAUGGUUGUAAUCUUGGGGCCAAGGAUCAAGCACAUUCAAAACCUAGUUCAAGAAAACGUGAAGAGGAUGAUGUCUGAGCAAUUACACAUUCCUUCCACUGCCUCUGGUCGCCAAUUAAAACCAAAUUCUGCUAAUCGCUUCACCAAACCAAGCUUUAUUGCUUCUUCAAGUGUUUUUGGUCCUGAGGGAAUUGGGGUGGUUGUUCGUAUAGCUGCCACAACAACUGAAUCAGUUUACGAGUUCCUGCAGCAUCAAUUGGCGGGCAUGGAGCCGCUACUUGGGGUUCCCACACUACAGCCUUAUGUGACUUCUCAUUUUCUCUGGCAAUCUGUGGAACUUUUCUGCCCGGAGCCUGAAACCCCUUCUUGCUUUUUUUAUUCUUUUUCCUUCCGUGGUUGCAAUGGAGCAUUGUGGUUUGUGUUUGUCUUGUGA